UCUAGAAUACGGAUUGUAUAUUUCGUAUGCGCCGUUUGUAUUAUACUUUAACGUUUAUUAUAGAGGCUUAAUUCUAUUUAACGAUAUAGGGAGUCGGUCCAGACAGAAAGGUCAUAUUGCAAACAGAUCAGGGAACAAACAGAUCAGGAAACCGAUCAGCAGUAUAGAACAUACGUGACGUGUCUUUCGCUUCGCUGGUUCACAAAAUAAUGAGUCUCGCCAUCAUAACUGGCGUGAUUUUUGGUUUACAUUUUGUAUCACACCAUUGUGAAGCUAUAACUGCGCCGAUCAGAUUACAAGGGCCACGCAGUGCAAAUGGCACUGGUCGUGUUGAAGUAUUCUACAACGGAACAUGGGGAACAAUUUGUAAUGAUGGAUGGGACAUUAGAGAUGCUAGGGUUGUAUGUCGUCAACUUGGGUAUAUAGAUUCGGGUAUGGUACUUUAUUCAAGCUGGAUUUUUUCUGGUUCUGGAAAAAUAUGGUUAAAAAAUGUCGAUUGUACUGGUGAAGAAGAAACAAUAACAAGUUGUUCCCACAAUGGCUGGGGGGUUAGUGAUUCUUGCAAUUACUUUGACGACGUCAGAGUUGAAUGUCUUAAAACAGCUGUGCCCCUAAGGCUGCAAGGACCGUCAAGUUUAAAUGGCACAGGUCGUGUUGAAGUUUUCUACAAUGGACGUUGGGGAACAAUCGGUGACGAUAAUUGGGAUAUGAAAGAUGCCAGGGUUGUUUGUCGUCAACUUGGCUAUAAAGAUGUUGCUAGGGCCCUUCAUGGCGGCCAGGUUCCUUCUGGUUCUGAGAAAAUAUGGUUGUCUGGAAUGGAUUGUACUGGGGAAGAACCGAAUAUAACGGGGUGCUUUCACAGACGUUGGGGUUCUCCUUAUUGGCGGCAUUCGAACGACGCUGGUGUUGAAUGUACAAAAACAGACUUUUCAGAUGCGGAUGUGCCACUCAGAUUACAAGGACCACUAAGCGAAAACGGAACUGGUCGAGUUGAAGUAUUCUAUCAUGGAUAUUGGGGUACAAUCUGUGAUUAUGCCUGGAGUAUGAAAGAUGCCAGGGUUGCGUGUCGUCAGCUUGGUUACCAAGAUGUUCUUAGGGCCCUUCGUGGUACCCAGGUUCCCUCUGCUUCAGGGCAGAUAUGGUUAUCUGACGUCGAAUGUACUGGAAAAGAACGAAAUAUCACAAGUUGUACUCAUAGGGGUUGGGGUGUUCAUUUUUGCUCUCAUUCCGACGAUGUUGGCGUAGAAUGCAGUACACAAGACUUAACAGAUACACCUGUGAGACUACGGUUGCAAGGACCGUCGAGCGCAAAUGGUUCUGGCCGUGUUGAAAUAUUAUAUCAUGGAUAUUGGGGAACAAUCUGUGAUCAUGGUUGGAAUAUGAGAAAUGCCAGAGUUGUAUGUCGUCAACUUGGUUAUCAAGACGUUGCUAGGACCCUUCAAAGAAACGAGUUCUCUUCUGGUUCAGGGGAUAUAUGGUUAAACCGCCUCGAUUGUACCGGACUGGAACGAAAUAUCACAAGUUGUCGUCACACUCUUUGGGGGGAGCAUCGAUAUUGCUCUCAUGAUGAUGACGUUGGCGUAGAAUGCAGUACAACAGAUUUUACCAGCAUACCCGUGAGACUAAGAUUACGAGGACCAUUGAGUGAAAAUGGUACUGGUCGUGUUGAAAUACUCUAUCACGGAUAUUGGGCAAAAAUGUCUGGUUAUUAUUGGAAUAAAAGAAAUGCUAAGGUUGCAUGCCGUCAACUUGGUUAUAAUCCAGAUAAUGCAACGACUCUUAAAAGGAAUCUUGUUCUUCAUAGUCCUGGACCGAUGUGGUAUGGAAAUAUCGAUUGUACCGGGCAUGAACAAAACAUUACAAACUGUUAUCACGAUGAUUUUAAAUUUACUUCAGAAGCCCAUCCCAGGGGGGGAAUUGCCGGUGUGCAAUGUUCCCCGACAGAUUUUACCGCUAUACCAUUGCGACUGAGGUUACAAGGACCAAUGAGUGCAAAUGGUAGUGGCCGUGUUGAGGUCUUCUACUAUGGGCAGUGGGGAACAAUCUGUAGACAUGAACAUAAGGGAUCGAAGGGAUGGCCCUUGUUCACGAGAUUUGUAGCAAAUGCUAGCUACAGGGUUAUAUGUCGUCAGCUUGGGUAUUAUGAUGCUGUUAGGGCUCUACAAAGAGACGAGGUUCCACUCGGUUCUGGGAGAAUAUGGUUGGAUUCCAUCGAUUGUUCAGGAAAUGAAGAAAAAAUAGAAAAUUGUUCUCUUAGUAGUUGGGGGGAUAAUCAUUGCUCGCAUGAGAAUGACGUCGGAGUUGAAUGUACAGCAAAUG